UGAUCUGGAACAAUCGACUACCUGUUAAACAAUCUCAGAAGUGCAAUAAACAUUGAGUAAUAUCCCCGAUAACUGACCUGAUUCAGGUGCCUCUAGAAUAUUUAUCUAGACAGCGCCUUGGCCUAAUUAUAACUUAGGUAAGGGCAACCCAAUUUCCAGCUAUGUGAAAUAGGGCAUUCAAGCAAAUCGAGUAAAACGCGAUGUCGAUGCCAGCGGAUUUCGAGUCCUUACAACCAGAAGGCAAAGCCUUCGUUCGAGACCGAAUAGACAAACAGGUCAGGGGAGACGAAGAUUGGAAUGUUACCAGGAAAGAAACGUCAGAAGCGAUUACCGAGGCGACAAAAGAGGCCGCUUACGACUUUAAGGGGACGAGGGGAGAAAUUACUAUUCCGUCCCCACACGUGAAAGCGGGACUUCCAGCGUGGGUUUACACCCCGGCCAAUUGCCCCAAGAACCCUCCAAUCCUUGUGUACUUUCACGGCGGAGGCUGGGUCAUCUGCACUUUGGACGAUGUGGAUACCUUUUUGAAGAUGCUUACUGAUACCGCCAACUGCAUCAUAGUGAGCGUAGACUACCGCUUGGCACCAGAGCACAAAUAUCCCGCCGCCAUUGACGACGCCGAGACUGCCGCCAAAUGGGUUCUGGGGAACAAGGAAUCUGUCGGCGGCAGCAAGCUCAGCAAGGUUGGUGUCAUAGGUGACAGCGCGGGAGGACAUCUAUCGGCCUGUGUGUCACAUGAUGUCCCAGGAAUAGCAUUUCAGUUGCUCAUCUAUCCGGUGACGGAUAUGCGGAUUGACACCCGGGAGUCGUACAAACGCUAUGCGGAGGGAUAUGUUCUUACCACUGAGUCUAUGUACUGGUUUGUAAAUCACUUCCUCCACAACGAGGCUGAGAGGUCGGAUCCACGUGCAUCUCCAAUUCUCCGGACAAAGUUUGACCACCUUCCACCGGCCUUGUACGUCGCCGCCACACACGAUGUCCUGUUUGACGAAGGAAUGGAAUAUGCCAAAAAACUGAAAGAAGCCGGCGUAACGAUUGAAACUCUUAUGUUAGAGGGCAUUACCCACUGUACGGUUAAUUUCCCAAAUUAUUACAAAGAGACGUACGCCAUGACAUGCAGGAAGAUCGCAGAGUUCGUAAAAAAGCAUUCUGAAUAAACUUUCGCCGUAUCAGCAUUAACCAUGACAAGCAAGGCGUGGCCGUAUAGCUGAGUAUUUACUGCAAGAUAGGAUACACUGGUAACUAACAGCGACGUCUAUCGUUUGAUUAUAGUGGAGUAUUACCCCUGGCAGUUAUACAUGCAUAUGGUUUCGACACCCAAUAUUUAAAUCCGGCAACAUUAUGCUGAUAAGUCGGGUUUAUAGAUUGUGAUUUUCUCGAUGGUUUUAGAAAAAGUCAAACAUUGGUAAUCUUUUAUCAAAUUAUGUAACAUGAUAAAACACGUUUGAUUUAACACGACCUUGCUUUCAAUUCAGUUCAGAGAAGGUUUAGGUAAAUGUCGUGAGGUAUUUUCUUAUUUUGGUAUAACUCCGUAACAAGGACUUUCUUGGUCAGACAGGAAAGGAUUUUUUGUUUGCUAGUUUGUUUAUAAAAACAGUGCAGCUAAUCCACAUGUGUAGACAAUACACACAGAGAAAAUUAAGAAAUGAGUGAUAUAUCAUGAACUGUUUUCAAAUUACGGUUAAUAUUCAUAAGUCUACAUAAGCUGUAGUGAUAUAACAAUAUAUGAUGAAGCAAUUCAAUAUAGAUUGAUGUUUUCAGAAUACAAACAAAUAUGCAAAAUCAUCAGGGAAAUUUGAAUACGUGACAUAUGCAUCUCUGCAAGGGAAAACAACUUUGAUCUGAUUAUGAUAUAUCAAUAUUUUAUGAUUCAUUAAGAAAAUAUAAUAAUAUUUAUAAUAUAUCAUAAAUAAAAUGCAAAGAUGGCAUAUGACAAACCACCAAAUAAACAAACUGCUCUGUGUGCAUAGCUUCACAGGUAGCAUACAUUAUAUCAAUACGAAAUGUUUCAGUCCCUUAGCAAAUAGCAAGAUCUUAGGCCUGCCGCAAGUGUCCAGGAAUUUUAUCGUGCAAGCGAGGUAUUAGCACUCUUUUGCUACUGUAAAUAUGCACAAAACAAAAUUUAUUUGGAAGCACCUGGAAACUCCUAAAGAAUGUUCGCCGCAAACUAAAUAGUCCCAUUUGCCACGGACGUCAAAACGUUGAUUAAAACUUAGGGUUUGUUGUGCACUUCCUUCGAAAUUCCUGACCUGCAGAGUGAAUCCACUUGUUGCACACUGAAACAGCAAAUUGACGUUCAGUUUUUGGUCAACAGCGUCGUCUAUGCUUACAUAGUGGUAACGCAGUGUCAAAUAACUUGAAGCAUUAUUAUAUUGAACACAAUAAUAAAAAGAGAACGGUUAUCAAUGACUUUGUCUUAUAGUGAAAAAACGUUUGAUCAAUUAU